AUGCCGAGGGAGCGCAGGGAGCGGGAUGCGAAGGAGCGGGACACCAUGAAGGAGGACGGCGGCGCGGAGUUCUCGGCUCGCUCCAGGAAGAGGAAGGCAAACGUGGCCGUUUUUUUGCAGGACCCAGGUGAAGACAUGGCCAAAAUCGACAGGACGGCGAGGGGCCAAUGUGGGAGCCAGGCUUGGGACAAUAACGCAGUCUGUGUGGACCCCUGCUCUCUAAUCCCCACACCUGACAAAGAAGAAGAUGAGCUGGUUUACCCAAACUCCAUAUGCAAGCCUCGGCAUAUCGCACCGUCCAGAGGUUCUCCACUGCCUGUACUGAGCUGGGCAAACAGAGAGGAAGUCUGGAAAAUCAUGUUAAACAAGGAAAAGACAUACUUAAGGGACAAGCACUUUCUUGAGCAACACCCUCUUCUGCAGCCAAAAAUGCGAGCAAUUCUUCUGGAUUGGUUAAUGGAGGUGUGUGAAGUCUACAAGCUUCACAGGGAGACCUUUUACUUGGCACAAGAUUUCUUUGACCGGUAUAUGGCGACACAAGAAAAUGUCGUAAAAACUCUUUUCCAACUUAUUGGGAUUUCAUCUUUAUUUAUAGCAGCCAAACUUGAGGAAAUCUAUCCUCCAAAGUUGCACCAGUUUGCGUAUGUGACAGACGGAGCGUGUUCAGGAGAUGAGAUUCUUACCAUGGAGUUAAUGAUUAUGAAGGCCCUUAAGUGGCGUUUAAGUCUCCUGACUAUUGUGUCCUGGCUGAAUGUGUACAUGCAGGUUGCAUAUCUAAAUGACAUCCGUGAGGUGCUACUGCCACAGUAUCCCCAGCAAACCUUUAUACAGAUUGCAGAGCUGUUGGAUCUCUGUGUCCUGGACGUCGACUGCCUCGAAUUUCCUUACGGUAUCCUCGCUGCUUCGGCCGUGUAUCAUUUCUCUUCAUCUGAAUUGAUGGAAAAGGUUUCAGGAUAUGAAUGGUGCGACAUAGAGAACUGUGCCAAGUGGAUGGUUCCAUUUGCCAUGGUUAUAAGGGAGACAGGGACCUCAAAACUGAAGCACUUCAGGGGCGUCGCCGAUGAAGACGCACACAACAUACAGACCCACAGAGACAGCUUGGAUUUGCUGGACAAAGCCCGAGCCAAGAAAGCCAUGUUGUCUGAACAAAAUAGGGCUUCUCCUCUCCCCAGCGGGCUUCUCACCCCUCCACAGAGCAGUAAGAAGUAGAGC